AUGACUAAAAUGAUUCUCUUGGUCAGAGCUAAUUUCUUUCUUAUUUACUUUUUCUUUUUCAUAAGAUCUGAAGCAAGAACUUUACUAGAAAAUCAUUAUGGGAGGGAACCAGUUCCACUACCUCCAACCCCAGAAUCUGCUUCACCAAGUAACCAAGAAAGACUUAAGAGGCACGCUCAUCUUCCACCUCCUGCGCCCAAACAUGGUCCGAAAAUCGAUCAAGUCACAACAAGCAGAUAUGGUAGGGAAAUCAGUGAACUGUUAAUGACAAUUACAAGCAAUGUUAUUAGUGAUAAUGAGCUGCUAAUUUUGCUUCCGAGUACUUCAUCGGACAACCAAGAAAGAUUUGGGAAGCAGAGUCAUCUACCACCACCAGCACCAAAGCCAGCUGAUGAACAGGGUCAGAUAAUUGUCACUUCCUCUAAUUGUCAAGAUCAUGAUCACAUGAAUAGUAACAACUAUGGAAGAGAGGAAAAAAUACUACCACCUCCAACUCCAAAGCCAGCUGAUGAGGAGGGUGAGAUUAUUAUCACCUCCUCUACUACUACUAAUGAUGAUCAGAAUAGUAACUAUAUUGGAAGAGAGGGACGAAUACUACCACCUCCCUCACCCCACCAUGCUGCACCCAUUGGUCAACUCACUAGCAGAUAUGGCGGCCAAGGACUUAAACCUUACAAAUCUCUAAUUUCCUCCUUACCUCUUCAGGCUUCCUAAUUGAUUAGGCUUCUAUAGCUCUACGUCGGAACGUUAUGUUAAGUGGCCCUACUAAGUAGUAGUAGUAGUAUAGUAUUUGGUUUAGUACUGUUGCGGAAGCCAAAUGUAUAGAGUGUGAAUAAGUCACAACUACUAUACCAAAAAU